AGCUUACAACUUGCUAGUUUCCUCUUUUGCUUCUAUAGUUAUUCAAUGCAAUAGCAUACAUACAGUUCUUAAUAUAUAUUCCUUCCCUGAGUUUGGAAGUAAUUAGGCCAAGUUUCGACCAUUAAUGAGAGUCAGAAGUUGUUGUUGCAGUACUCGAGAUCAGGCUGAUCAGCUAUAGAUGCUUUACCCUUAUGCAGUUUCCAUAAUUAUUUUGAGGAAUCUGCAAUUCAAGCCACAGACGAAACUACUAACAUCUUUGUGGAUAAAUUCUAUACUUUAUCUGAGGCCUUGAAGAAAAAUAGAGUCUGCUGACAACAUGAAUGUGUUAACAGGAAUCUCAAAAGCUUCUUGGCAUCCAGUUAUAACCGCCGACACUACAACUCCAAGCUACUGGUUGAAUUGGAGAGUUUUAGUUUGUUCCAUUUGGAUUAUGACAUCUAUUUCCUUGACAGUGUUCCUAAUUUCAAGGUAUGAAGGCCCUCAGAACUCGAGAAAUCAAAGUAGAGAAACACAGCAAGGGAAAGCAUCUGGUGGAGUGUUGUAUGAAGAUGAACUGUGGAAGCCAUGUCUUAGAGGAAUACAUCCAGUGUGGUUGCUUGCAUAUCGACUAGUUGCUUUUUUCGUGCUUCUAGUCAUGCUGAGCUUAAAUGGUGCAGCUGAUGGUGGCACGAUAUUCUGCUACUACACUCAGUGGACUUUUACUUUGAUUACCAUCUAUUUUGGGCUGGGGUCCUUGAUCUCCAUGUUUGGAUGUUACAAGCACCACAAAAAAGUGGGUGGUGACAGAAUUGUCAACCUGGAGAUGGACGGAGAUUCUGAGCAAGGAACUUUGCACUCUUCGGAGCCACCAAAAUUUAUUGAAGCCCCGGCUUUCAGGAAAGAAUUUCCUUGCAAUGGACAAGACCGGGAACUUGCAGGUUUCUGGGGCUAUGUUUUUCAAGUUAUUUUUCAGAUGAAUGCAGGUGCAGUGGUGCUAACAGACUGUGUGUUCUGGUUCAUCAUUGUACCAUUUCUUACCCGCAAAGAUUACGAUCUGAACUUUUUGUUAAUAAGCAUGCAUUCAAUCAAUGUUGUUUUUCUGCUUGGUGAGGCCGCGCUCAACAGCCUGCGGUUUCCUUGGUUUAGAAUCGCGUACUUCUUCCUGUGGACAACUGUUUACGUUGUUUUCCAGUGGAUUUUACACUCAGCUCACUCAACUUGGUGGCCGUAUCCAUUUCUUGACCUAUCGAAUCAACAUGCUCCAUUAUGGUACUUGUCAUUGGCUCUGUUACAUAUACCAUGUUACGGCAUUUUUGUUAUGAUCAUGAAGCUCAAACACUCUGUGUUUUCGAGAUCCUUUGGUCCAUCUUACCACGGUGUCUACUAAUCCGGAUUAACCGAUUUCUGUAAACACUACUGACUCUGUGUUUUCGAGAUCCUUUGGUCCAUCUUACCACGAUGUCUACUAAUCCGGAUUAACCGAUUUCUGUAAACACUACUGAGAAAUAUUUAGUGUGGAGAGCUGAAAUUCGUAAUGCCAGACGACGAAAGCAACCCAGAAGCUACUCGUCGAUGGGAUUGAAGAGUGGAUCACGAGCUCGUCUCGUAUAUUAUGUCUGUUCUUGUGCAUAAAGAAAAAAUGUACUAGCAAUUUGGUUGAGGUCCUGCUGAGUGAAAACAGAGUGUCUGUGUGAGUGUGUGUUGCCUCCAUUGGAAACUGGAGAGGAUAUAAUUUGAUUAUUAUUAUUAUUCAAAAUAUAA